AUGUCCUCACGUCCGCGGCGUUCGGCCGCUGCAAAGGCCAAAGAAGUGAUUUCCGUCCACGCCAGAUGGGCUGACACAAGCGAAAAGGAAGACUCAGAUAUCAAAAUGUCCUCGCGACGGACGGGACGUGCCGGUGGCGCAUCGGCCUCGCGCGAUACAGCUUCAUCGCCAGAAGAGACGCAUCUUAGCGUUACAGUCAAGCUCCCCAACAGUAGGUCUACCAGGGGAGGCAAUCGCCGGGCCGACCCAUUUGAAGGCGGCGAGAUUGUGCACGGGAAGCGCAACCGCGGCGGGAAAAAGAGCUAUGUCAUAGAUUCAAGCCCUGAUGACGAAGAAGAGGAGGAAGAGGAGGAAGAAGUAGUAGUAGAAGAUGACGACGAGGAUGACGAGGAGGAGGAUGACGACGACGAAGAGGACACCAGAGCAGACGAGGAUGACGAAAUGGAAGAGCUCGGUGAUGAAGAUGCUGAAGGUGAAGAUGAAAUGGAAGUUGAUGCCGAGGGCGAAGAAGAUGCAGAUGGCGACAUUGACAUGGCCCCGAAGCCUGUUGGCCGCCCCUCAGCAAAGAAUUCGAGGAUUACCAAGUCGAGACCCACGGUGAAGGUUACCUCAUCCAGGGUGAACCGGGAUGAAGAUGAAGAUGAAGACGAGGAAGAUGAAGAUGAUGAUGACGAGCUUAGCGAUCCGGCAGACAGCGACAUAGGCGAUGAUACCAUUGUUUAUGGCAACCAGGACAUGGAAGAUGAAGAUGCCGAAGGAGAAGAAAUCGAAGUCGCUGGAGAUGAGGAGGAGGUUGAGGAAGACGAUGAAAUUGCCAUGCAACAAGAGGCCAAUGGCGAUUCGGAGCUCGAUAGCGAAGAAGGCAGCCGGGCUGAAACGCCAGACCUCGCCAAAAUGACCAAAAGGCAGAGGGCUCGGUUUGAGGAUAUACCUCAAGAAUUUAUGAAGUUGCCUGAUGAAAUCCAAGUCAAGAAAGUAUUUACGGCGGAAGAAUUAUCCAUGCGCCGCCAAGAAAUGGCUAGACGGCGACGCAACCUUAGUGAGAAGCGUAAUGAAGAAGUCAAGAUGGAGACUAUCAACAAGCUUCUCAAGAAGCAGGCCCCAAAGAUCAACCGUAAAGCAGCCGCUGCCGAUGCACAGGACCAGGACUCUCAAAAAGCCAACCCUGUUUUCAUUCGCUGGGUUAGCAACAAGAGUGGUAACCGGGUUGCCGUUCCAGAAGAGAUCAUUGAAGGGCCUGCCGGUGCCGUGUUUGGAGACAAGGGCAAGCCAUCAUUGGGGAAGCCAGUAGUGGAAGUGGCCUAA